AUGGACGUGGAUAGAAGGGCACGCAAAAUGCCGGACGCUUCCAAAGGAUUCACCUGGCUUUUCAUCUUCACCCACUCCAUGCUGACUGUCUCCUCCCAAGUUCUCUACGAAUACUCGCCGGCGGCGGCUCUCGAUGCAGCAGCAAAUGCGAGUUACCACCUGAACUGCUCCAUUUGCUUCUUCAAUGGAUCCUCCGGCAACUCCUCAACUAACCUCACUUUAAUGGAGGAUGGGGAGCCGCUGGCCGAUUUCAUCUUCAUGGUGGCGCUUUCGGUCGUUCUGGGAUUGAUGAUCCUCAGCACCAUCAUCGGAAACGUCUUUGUCAUUGCGGCCAUUUUUAUGGAACGCAACCUGCAAAACGUCGCCAACUAUCUGAUCGUUUCGCUCGCGAUGGCUGAUCUCAUGGUUGCCUGCUUGGUGAUGCCGCUGGGCGCCAUCUAUGUGGUAAGUUUUCGUUCAAUCCGACAGCUAGUUAGGCAGCUACAGCGUUGCCAUGUGGCAACGUCAGGGACGAUUCACGCAAGUCCCAAACUUUUCCCAGGUAUUCAAAAAUUAAUCGCGCCUCCAGCAAAUUAAGUGCAACGUU